CGGGGUCUUACCUGCUCACAAACAGACAACUCAAUGACUGAAAAGGGACCAUUGCUGUGCACCAAUUAUUCACUUGCUGACUAGGGCAGUUGGCUGGAUAGACUCUGAAUUGGAGAGACAAGACAAUCUUAAGUUUCCAUUGUAAAGUUAUACAUUGGCAACAAUGUCGGAAAUAACAAUGGAUCCGCCCCACCUCGUUCAUACGGGCGCUGCUUGCUAUGCAUGCUGCACCGUUGCGCCGGGGAAGCUCCUGCGUUGCAGCGCCUGCGACAGUGCUUGGUACUGCGAUAUAAACUGUCAACGCAAACAUUUCAAGGAGCACAAGCCGUAUUGCCGAGCGCUUCGCUUGUUCCACGCCCUUCAGGCCGACUUGCCGCCUGAGUCUUGGCCGCGCAAUGCACGGGACUUCUACGUUCAGCGCUCCAACUGCCAUCAGAUCCUGGAACCCAUGCUCCGGCGCCCGCUCACUCGCGCCGAGCACCGAGCCAUUCUCGGAGAGGCGCGGUGCAGCGUUUGUAUGGUCACCCGAGGCCAGCUAGCACGCCGUUCAAAGGCCGCGGCGGCCGCUGCUACAGCCUCCUCGGCUUCCAGCAGCAAAGCAGCAGCAGCCGCAGCCGAGGCUAGCGCUCCUCCCUCGACCGCCGUCAACGGCAACACCGGCAACAGCAGCAGCGCCAACAUCAACGGUAGCGGCCUGCUCGAAACCGAGCAGCAGCAGCAGCCAGCCACCGCUGCUGCGGCCUCGUCCACCGAAACCCAACACCAGACCACCGGAACCCAACCCAACGCCGCAUCAUCCAAUGCUGCGGCAGCAGCACCACCAGCGGACAAGGCUACCGCCGCCGACACCGCUGCAUCCACCCCCACCCCCCGCAGCAGCGCCCCCGCCCUGACCUGCUGCCCGCACUGCCACUGGGGCUGGGCCUGCCCCCAGCACCGCGACGCCUACCUCGCCGGGCCCCAUGCGGCCGUCUGCACCGCCUACCAAAACAUGAACGAGAGCCAGCUGCUCACACACCGCUACCUGACCGCCACCGGCCGCCUGCCCAACUACGUGCCGGACAAGAUGCGACCCACGGGUCAGUCGGCGUCGUCGGCAGCGGCGGGGGCGACGUCUCUUGCUGGGCAGGCGGGUGCCGGAGGCUGGGAGCCGGUGCCCGCUGCCGGCUGGGCUGCGUUCCAGGCCUGGCGGCCGCUGCCGGUGUUUGACGCGGGGAUGAUGUGUUUGCUGACAAAGCGGAUGUCGCAGGCGCUGACGGUGGUGCAGGCCCUGCAGCACCACUACCCCCCCGCGCACCUCGCCUCCCUGCGCCACCUGGAGCUCCACGUGUUGGGCGCCUCCGCAUUCGAGGUGCCCGCGGACCGCAUCUGGGAGGAGCUACUCAACCUCCUGCCGCCGCCGUCGCCGCCAGCGGUACCGGCACGGCCACAACGGGACUCGACAGCAGCUGCAGCAGCAGCAGCGGAAGCGUCUGCUGCUCCCUCCACCGCCACGAGCAGCGGUCCCCCCCGCGUGCUGCAUGUUGCCUUCGUGGGUCCCGAGCUGAGGGACAUCAUCCUGGAGGACUCGGACGGCCGGGCGCUGCCGCAGGGCUCGGCGCUCUCCUCCCCGCCGCCACCACCCGGCCGUGAGAUGCUGUACUCGUACCACCUCUGCACCUACCAGGAGUUUGCGGCGGGGCGCCGACCCCACCGCAGCGGCGGCAGCAGUAGCAGUGCUGAGGCCUCCCUGGGUCGCGAGUGUCCCUGGCGGAAACCCGACCUGGCGAUUGCCUUCAACAGCGGCAUGUCGGAAUCCGACAAGCAGCUCUGGGCGCCGGCGCUCGAGGUGCUUGUGCGGCAGGGUGUGCCGGUGGUGUUUACGUCGUACAACGGGGAGGAGGCGGCGGCGGAUGCGGCGGCGUGGCGGGCGGCGGGCGGACGGGUGACGCUGGGGCCGGAGAGGAACCCCUACCGCGCACUGGAACCGAUUUCGGAGCCGUCCGGGGUGGAUGAAUUCUACUACCAGAACUACUACUGGUGGUGCGGUCGAGCGGCGGCGACAGUAGCAGCAGCAGGCAAGUGAGGUGGCUGCAUGUGCGGCAGGAGGCGUUGGGGGCUGAGGCCGUGCGUUGGACUGUGACGGGGAGGGGGCGACGGUUGACCAGCGGCGUGAUUCGAUGCGAACUGGAGGGGAGAGGGGGCGCGCGUUAUUGUUAACCUGUAGGAUGUGAUAUCAGGGCGUGCGGGUAGUUGGCAAAGGAAGAGAGCUAAUGGAGAGCCAACAAAGGGCGAGCUUAAGCGGAAUUGCAAGCGGCAGCGACAAAACGACUGCCCGUGGUGCCUGAGGCCAAGACGGCGUCUCCAUGCGACCAUGGAUCAUUGAGAACUAGGGCGGCCUCCGGGCACUGCUCAUAGCAAUGCAUGCAAAGACGUGCAUGCGUGCUUUUGACUCCUAUGGUGCGUGAAAUCCGGCAGGUGUGAAGUUCAGAUGUUCAUGGUUCUUGGCGUUUGUACGAAUGCCCAACUUCCGUGUGUGUACGGAUGCCCUUGCGUGCUUGUUGUCUGCCGUGGAUCCUGUGAUAAGCAGCAGUGGAACAGACGUGCGCGCACUGCGUGUGGAUUGCAAUACUAAGUGGGUCAGGCUCGUCGCAGAUUGAUGGUCCAUGCGCAAUUCAUGUGGAACAUUCGGUUUCACGGUUGACCCUCGCUGGCGUGCUGACGUACCGGUAAGCGCGCUGGCUGCCGGUGGCUUUUGCAUGCUUGGAUUGAAAAUUGGGGAAGUGCACAAGAAGGAACAAUGAAAGGCUCGUAUGAAAUCUGGAUUCUUGUGAGGUGUUUGUCGGGGCUGGGGUAUUCCAACCUAGCUGCGAUGAUACUGCUGGCCGUGACCGGGCCGGGGAUGGUGGUGGGGAAGACUGCAUGGCAGGGUGCGGGGCGCGGCAACUGGGUGUACCUGACCAUCUUGCUGCGUGCAAGGAUGGGCAUCACCUGUUUGUGCUGGAGGGAGGGUGCAAGGCGGGAGGGACUUGCGUCGUGUGGCUGGGUGGUUGGGUGGUGCUGGUGUUGUUGCACACAUUCGGGAACUGCCUGCCUGCAUGCAUGUGGGGAUGGAUGCCGGGGUUGCCGGACACGGCGUGUGUAACUGUGUGGAUUCGCACGGAGGGGGGCGCAAGCGGGAGGAUGUAAGGACACUAACCUGGCUGCUGCGGCAGUCAUGCUCAAGCUAAGGGUAUAUGGUAUGUUGAGGAGGUGAUGAGGCUGGGUGAGGUCAAUCGCUUUCAUACCGGUAGAAGUGUGACGAGCUGUUUGUGACGAAGGAACGCGGCUAGAGGCGGAAUGGGUGGCCAAGCAACGCGGCUAGAGGCGUCUCAUCUGUAGUUCAAGAUGCGGUGCUGGGAGGUACUGCAGACGAUGCGGAUUAUGCGAUCAUUGACAAACCGCAUCAGUAGUUUGAGAAGCAGCCGUAACUAUUACAUGGAAGCGCCCUCUGCCCUUACCGGUAACACAGAAGGGCGCGGGGUUGGUGCACAUGCA